AUGGCAGAAAAACAGAAAAGUCCAGAAAACCUGGAGACUAAGAGAACUGCUAAGCAGGAAACUACAAAUGAAGAAGAUAGCGAUGAUGGGUGGAUAGGGCCAAACCCAAAUGAAGCUGUGAAAGCAAAGAAACAGAAAACUUUGGCAUUUGAGCAGGUAUAUUUGGACGGUCUGCCUUGUGCUGAAUACUAUGAAAAAAGCUACAUGCAUCGAGAUAUUGUUACCCACGUUGCUGUCAGUAAGUCUGGGUUUAUCAUUACGGCCAGCUGUGAUGGCCACGUGAAGUUCUGGAAGAAAUGUGAAGAUGCUGGGAUUGAGUUUGUGAAGCACUUCCGAAGUCAUUUAGGUACCAUUGAAGAUUUAACCCUGUCUCCAAAUGGUGAACUUUGUGCUACAGUUUCAUCAGACAAGAAUGCCAAAGUUUUUGAUGUGAUCAAUUUCGAUAUGAUCAACAUGCUGAAGCUGGGCUUUCACCCUGAGUGUGCUGGCUGGCUCUAUAGGGCUGGUGAUCCAAUCUCAGUUUUGGCUGUAGCUGAGAAAGACACUACCUCUAUUUACAUAUACGAUGGCAGAGGGACAGGCACCGCUCUCACUGUGUUAGAAAAAAUUCACUUUGCCCCUGUGAUUCUCAUACAGUACAAUCCUCACCUGGAGUUGGCCGUGUCUGCAGACAAGAAGGGCAACCUUGAAUAUUGGACUGGUCCGAAAGGGGACUACAGCUUCCCUAGAAACUUGAGCUGGGAAUACAAGACAGACACAGAUUUGUAUGAAUUUAUGAAGUGUAAGUGUGAGAUUGUGUCCUUGACCUUCUCACCUAAUGGUCAACUGAUGGCUACAUUGGCCACUGACAGGAAGAUUCGUAUUUUCAGGGUGAGCACCGGCAAACUCUGGAAGGUUCUGGAUGAGUCCAUCCAACAGUUUACAGAGCUGCAACAGAUGAAGCAGCAGAUUCCACACAUGGAGUUCAGCCGUCGUUUGGCCGUGGAGAAAGAUCUAGAAAAGUCACCUAGUUAUCGCACCUGUAACCUUGUGUUUGAUGAAAGCGGUUAUUUCCUUCUGUAUGCAACACUCAUGGGCAUCAAAGUCAUCAACCUCCACACGAACAAAUGCCAGCGCUGGCUGGGAAAGACGGAAAACAUCCGUUUCCUUCACCUUGGUCUGUUCCAAGGAGCAGGAAAAGCCAAGCAGCCAAUGGACGCAGAAAUGACUGCUUCGGAUAAUCCCAUUCUGCAGAAUGUCUUUGUGGAUCCCAUCUUGGUGUGCACAGCUUUCAAGAAGUCCAGGUUUUACUUGUUCAGCCGAAGAGAACCAGAUAAUUCACACAGUUUUGAAAGUGAAAGGGAUGUGUUCAAUGAAAAGCCCUCAAAGGAAGAAAUUGUUGCUGCAACACAGGAUGCCGCAUACAUGGGGGUCUCAGACAGCUGUAUUAUUCACACCACCCUCGGAGAUUUGCAUUGUAAAAUCUUUGCAAAAGAAUGUCCCAAGACAGCGGAGAACUUCUGUGCUCACAGUCGAAAUGGUUUCUACAACAAUCACUUGUUUCAUCGAGUCAUUAAGGGCUUUAUGAUCCAGACAGGGGAUCCUUUGGGUAAUGGUACUGGUGGUGAGUCUAUAUGGGGUGGAGAAUUUGAAGACGAAUUUCAUCCCAACCUGCGUCACGACCGACCGUACACACUCAGCAUGGCCAACGCGGGACCAAACACUAAUGGAUCACAGUUCUUUAUCACUGUCGUCCCCACGCCGUGGUUGGACAACAAGCACACAGUGUUUGGUCGGGUGGUCAAGGGGAUGGAAGUUGUGCAGACAAUCAGCAAUGUCAAGGUCAAUCCCAAAACAGACAAGCCUUACGACGACAUCCGGAUCAUCAGCAUCACGCUGAAGUGA